AUGGCAUCGCAGAGACCCGCACUGCCGGCUGUAGAGCCAACCUACGAUAUCAACCGCCCCCUCAACAAAAUCAUCCCCCUCUACGCGCACCCCAUCCCGACCUGCCCGGGGAAAAGCAUCGUCGCUCCACGCGUCGAGUUCCCACCAAACGGCUCCACACCGCCGCAUACGCAUGCCGGGGCAUUCGUGACGGUGAAUGUGGUUUCGGGGUUCGUGUAUAACAAGAUGAACGAUGAGGCGAUGGAGGUGUUUGGGCCGGGGGAGGUUUUUACGGAAGGUCCGGGGUGUAGACAUAUGGUUAGUGAUAAUGCUGGUAGGGAGGAGGCGGUUAUCGUGGCGACGAUGGUUGUUGAUACGAAAGUACUGGAUGAGGGGGGUGUAGAGGCGUGCGUGGUGAUUGAUGAGGUGUGGAGGGAGGCUGUGAUGGAGAGGAGGGUUCAGGAUGCUGCUGCUGUUGCUGGGGAGAGGGAAUGA